UAGCUACAUUACCUAUAACAGAGAGCUUCUGGCAAUCCUCGCUGCGUCACUAGCGCUUGCGUCUGUGUCGGAGCUUGCAACCCACUCCCGCCCUCCCACUCGACAUCCAUUCAUUCAUUCCUUGAUCGUCGUCGCCGCCACAAUGUCGAUUCCGCCCGAGGCACUGCAAAAGCUCCUGCAAGAGAUCGAGCAAAAGGCCGCCUUCUCGCAGCAGCAAAUGGGCCUCGUCAAGGCGCAAAUGGCGGCCAAGGCACGCGAGCAGCGCAUGCUGCAGCUGACGACGAGCGAGGUGGACGCGCUGCCGCCCGACACAAAGGUGUAUGAGGGCGUGGGCAAGAUGUUUGUUUUUAGCCCGCGCGACGACGUGAAACAGCGGCUGGCGGCCGAGGGCGAGGAGCUCAAAGGCGACACGGUCAACCUGGAGAAGAAGCUGCAUUACCUGGAGACGACGUACAAGAACAGUCGCGACAACCUGGAGCAGCUCUUUAAGCGCUGAGACAGAGAGAGAGUUGUUUGUCACUAGAACAAGGCUGCAAAUCCACCUCUUUGAUUGCCG